GAGGAGGAGGUGUGGUGCAGGGAGGCGGAGUGUCCACACUGUGACUCUGUUAACAUGUUUGAUGCUUGGCAGAAAAACACUUGAGUGACUUCGGACAAACAGCACACUGACACACGCUGGCGUGCAGGUGUAGAACAUCUGGAGGGUCUACAGUGAAGCCAUGGCUCGCCUCCCCGUUGUGUUGUUGCUCUUGUUUUCUCUUGGCUGCUCAGCACUCACCUCCCAGAAUGGCUCAGCACUCCUCCCGCGGACUUUCUCAGGCCACUUUGUAAUGGUCACAGAUGAGCCUGUAGACUACAUUGACCUGUCUGCAUUGGACAGUUUGAAGGACAACGAGGGGUCCGCCUCAGGGUCGGAGCAGGAGCCGGUGAAAAGACAUGGCGUCCACGGCCCACACCACCAUCCCCAGAAGCACUAUUUUGUUUCAGAGGAGGCUAAAGGUUUUCUCCAGGGUCGUCUGGCUACAAGCUUUGUCCCUACUGUUUACGCCCUCGUCUUCGCCAUCAGCGUGCCUCUCAACCUUGUUGCCAUGCUGAUGUUUGUGUAUCACAUCCGUCCCAGAAAACCAGCGGUGAUCUACAUGCUGAACCUGGCCUGUUCCGACCUGCUGUUCGGCCUGCUUCUUCCCUUCAAGAUUGCCUACCAUUAUCAUGGCAACAACUGGGUCUACGGCCCCUUCAUGUGCAGAGUUGUCACAGCAGCUUUCUACUGCAACAUGUAUUGCUCCGUCCUGCUCAUUACGUGCAUCAGCAUAGACCGUUUCCUGGCUGUGGUCUACCCCAUGAACUCCCUGACGUGGCGCAGUACUCAGACGGCCUCAGCCGUGUGUGUUGCCAUGUGGCUGUUAGCCCUCGGAGGAGUAUCCCCCCUCCUCGUCUCUGGGCAAACCAUCUAUUUGUCAGACUUGGGCAUCACCACCUGCCAUGACGUGCAGGAUAUGGAAAACCUACAGACUUACUAUCUGUACUUCUUCCCCAUCUAUGCCGCUAUCUUCUUCUUCGUCCCUCUUGUCUGCACUGUUGUCUGUUAUGUGCGCAUUAUUCAGGCCCUGGCAGCAGCCAAUGUGGAGAACCGCUCCAGGAAGACUCGAGCCGUGGUGAUGGCCGUGAUGGUCCUGGUGGUGUUUGUGGUCUGCUUCACCCCCACCAACAUCAUCCUCAUGGUUCACUAUGUGCAGCUGUCCCACAAGUCCAGUGACACUUCCUACAAGGCCUACCUGCUCUCUAUGUGUGUAGGCAGCCUCAGUUGCUGUCUGGAUCCAGUCCUUUAUUACUUUGGCUCCUCUCAGUGCCAGAAGCAGGUGGCAGUGCUGCUCAGAUGCAGACGGCCGACACGGACGGAGAGCAGCUCAGAAACGCAAAGUACGAGAACCAGCAGGAGGACAGACAGCAGCAAGUCAAGCAAGAUGGAAAGCGUCCAAGUCAGCCUGGGGAGCCAUUACAGCAGGCUGGUGGCUUAACUACAUGAACAGGAAGAGCCCAAGAGACUCUUUAAAGUUACACAAACAGUCCAGUUCCUGGUAGUGCUGGAUUUAUUUGCACUUAAUUGUUAUUGCACAUAUCAUUGUUUACAUAAAUAAAACAGCUUUUGUUAUUUUGUAAUCAUGAAUUAUAUCCACCAGUGUGACAGUGUGUGAUAUCUGUCAGUAUAGAAGAACACUGUCUGCUUUUUGGUGUUCAGAUUUUUUGUUUUCUAUUGUUUUCAAUGAAUAAUAAUAAAGUUUUAAUCUGAAAAACA